AUGGCUGAUCACCACCGGGGCGGGACGGGAGGUGGCGGGGGCUACGGCGACCAGCAUCGCGGGGGCGGCAUGCAUGGCGAGGCGCAGCAGCAGCAGCAGGGCGCCAUGAUGACGGCGCUCAAGGCCGCGACGGCCGCGACAUUCGGCGGGUCGAUGCUGGUGCUGUCCGGGCUGAUCCUGGCCGGCACCGUGAUCGCGCUCACGGUGGCCACCCCCGUGCUGGUGAUCUUCAGCCCGGUGCUGGUGCCGGCCGCCAUCGCGCUGGCGCUCAUGGCGGCCGGGUUCGUCACCUCCGGCGGCCUCGGCGUCGCCGCGCUGUCCGUGUUCUCCUGGAUGUACAAGUACCUGACGGGCAAGCACCCGCCGGGCGCCGACCAGCUGGACCACGCCAAGGCGAGGCUGGCGUCCAAGGCCCGCGACAUCAAGGACGCAGCGCAGCACCGCAUCGACCAGGCGCAGGGGUCUUGA